AAAAACAACAAAUGGUUUCUCUGCGUUUUCCGUUCUUGUUUUCUCAGCCCCCAAAGCCAGCAAACAACGGCCGGGCCCAUGGCCGCUCCGGCUCCUUCUCCGGCGCGACCGUCGCUUGCUCCGCCAUCGCCGCCGCCGCUGCAGCAGGAGCCGCCGUUUCCAUCUCCCAGAACCCGAACAACCCCUUUGUACAAAAUGCCUUGAAUUUCUGGCUCUCUAAUUUCUCACCCAACAGCAAUCGCUUCUCUCCAGCUUGGGGCUCUCUCUCUUUAGCCGCCGACCAGUCUCCGGUCACCGAGCCAAAGACUGGCGUGUCAUUUCCGGCCGUUCUGGGAGAUUCUCAGCGGCUUCUGGGAAUUGGGCUGCGAAAGAAAAGCGUACUGGGCUUGAAAAACAUCGACGUUUAUGCAUUUGGUGUAUAUGCUGAUGAUGGUGAUAUAAAGAAAACUCUGGCCAAGAAAUAUGGAGAAGUGUCUGUUUCUGAACUGGAGGAGAAAAAAAAAUUGAUUGAUGAUCUUAUGGAAAGUGAUGUUUGCACAACUGUUAGACUUCAAAUUGUUUAUGGGAAGUUAAGCAUCCGUGCUGUACGUAGUGCUUUUGAAGAGUCUGUUGGAAGCAGGCUGCAAAAGUUUGGUGGGUCUGAUAACAAAGAAUUGCUUCAGAGGUUCACAUCACAGUUUAAAGACGAAUACAAGAUUCCUCGAGGAUCUAUUAUUGAUCUCUCAAGGGAAAGGGGGUAUGUACUUCGGACAACAAUUGAUGGAAAGGAGGUGGGUAGCAUUCAGAGUAAACUUCUAUGUCGAUCACUUCUGGAUCUGUAUAUCGGCGAGGAGCCAUUCGAUCGGCAAGCUAAAGACGACAUUGAGCAAAAGUUGGUUUCUGUCAUUCAAAAUUUUUGAAUACAACGAGAAAUUCCACAACGUUCUGAGAGUGACGCACAAAAACUUCAACGCUUGCAACGGCACGGCGCCGUACAUCACUCUGAACAGCGGCAACGACUCGUUCACCGUCAGAAGAUCCGGCCACUUCUACUUCAU